CACCGAUUCACUUCAUUUCUCAAGGCGCUUUGUCUCUAUUGUGAUCAAACCACACGAGGUGAAGAACCACAGGAACAUAAAGCAUCCGAAACACUGGAAACUUAAACCGAAAACAUCAUUUUUCAUUAUAGUCGCAAAGAUCUUUAGACCAGGAGCUCAUUGACUAUACAACUUUGACAACUCACACACAGAACUGUGGGAUAUCGACGGCUUCCUCCAUGGAACCUGCCAGAUCAGAUAUGAGUAUCCUACCCAAUGGGAAAGGUCACGACCUCGGAGAGGAAAUGUGCGUGCCGAUGAAGACUAUGAUGGAGGAAGAACAAAAUGGUACCCAUCACGGCAGAUUUGAUGAUCCUGAGAGCACACUCGCUGAGAACAUUGAGUUCCUGCCCAACGGCGAUGGCAAGAAGCCACGUUUUACUGAUUUUGAGGGGAAGACCUCUUUUGGCAUGUCAGUCUUCAAUUUGGGCAAUGCCAUUAUGGGCAGUGGGAUUUUGGGAUUGGCCUACGCUAUGGCCAAUACUGGCAUACUGCUUUUCUUGUUUCUCCUCACGGCUGUAGCUGGUCUGUCCUGCUAUUCUAUUCACCUGCUGCUGAAGUCUUCUGGUAUUGUUGGAAUCAGAUCAUACGAACAGCUGGGAUUCAGGGCCUUCGGAAUGACAGGGAAGAUGGCGGCCGGAAUUGCCAUCACUCUUCAAAACAUUGGAGCCAUGUCCAGUUACUUAUACAUCAUCAAGUCAGAGUUCCCACUGGUCCUGCAGGCGUUUUUGAAAACAGAUACCACUUCAGGGGAUUGGUAUCUCAAUGGCAACUACUUGGUGGUGCUCGUGUCUUUCUCUGUCAUCCUGCCUUUGGCUCUAAUGAAACAGCUGGGUUACCUUGGUUAUUCCAGUGGCUUUUCACUCAGCUGCAUGGUCUUCUUCCUUAGUGCAGUCAUGUAUAAGAAGUUCCAGAUCCUGUGCCCAUUCGAGGAGUUCUCGGCCAAUAGCACGCUGGCUCACGCACACACAAACGUAUCCGUUAACCACGCCCACAGUUACCAUAACGGACAUGUGAUGGCGGAUGACGCCAACUGCAGCCCGCAGAUGUUCACUGUGAACUCACAGACUGCAUACACCAUCCCCAUUCUGGCCUUUGCUUUCGUCUGCCACCCUGAGGUCCUACCCAUCUACACUGAGCUUCGCAACCCAACUCAGAAGAAGAUGCAGCACGUUUCCAACAUUUCCAUCCUGAUCAUGUACACUAUGUACUUCCUAGCUGCUCUCUUUGGGUACCUAACAUUUUACACUAACGUUGAGCCCGAGCUUCUGCACACCUACAGCAGGAUCGACCCCUACGACACUCUCAUCCUCUGUGUGCGUUUGGCUGUGCUCACCGCCGUCACCCUGACCGUGCCCAUCGUUCUAUUCCCAGUACGGAGAGCCAUUCAAGAGAUGGUGUUUCCUAAUAAGACCUUCAACUGGAUCCGACACGUCGCCAUAGCCGUCAUUCUCCUGACUUUCAUCAACAUGCUGGUCAUCUUUGCCCCAAACAUCCUGGGCAUCUUUGGCAUCAUAGGUGCAACAUCCGCUCCAUGCCUUAUCUUCAUCUUUCCUGCUGUCUUCUACAUCCGUAUUGUUCCGAAGGAUAAGGAGCCAAUGCGUUCUACCCCCAAAAUCUUUGCUGCCUGUUUCGCUGGACUGGGCGUGUUGUUUAUGAUAAUGAGCUUGAGCUUCAUCAUCAUUGAUUGGACAACAGGCAGCAGCAGUGCUCUGGGUGGCCACUAGGAGACAAACUCUGAUGAAUGUGUGUUUGUACAUGGCUUU